AUGCCAAAUCUUUGGAUAAAUUGUCUUUUUUUGAUAUUAUGUUCAUUAUUAAAUUCGAAUAAUGGUAGUCACUUUGAAGGUGGUACUAUCACGUAUAAAGUCGUCAAUUACACAUCAUCAACUGUAUCAAUUAUCUUGACUCAAUCAUAUACAUACAUAUUAUCAAUAGUCUUUUGUAAUAAUACAUACAUUUCAAGUCAAACACAAUUAAAUUUUGGUAUCUACCCAGAUCAAACAAGCACUAUAAAUUGCACAGCAAAUUGCUCAACAUCCGGCGGCUUUUCUUCAAUACCAGUUCGUAGUUAUUGUACAGAUUAUAGUUCAGCUUUAGGAAUUACGACCGGACAACGAUCGGAUCUCGUUACAUUAUCAAAUAAUUCUUAUUUCUUCGUUAGCUAUAUAGGAGCUAGUUAUCGAAAUUUAACUUUAUAUUCUACACUAUAUCCUUAUCCUUACGAUUUCGUUUGGUAUAUAACAUGUUUGAUUAAUUUAAGACCAAGACCGGAUGGUAGAUUAAAUACGCCGCCUGCAGCUACGAUUAUUUCACCAAUGUAUAUCCCAGUUGGUAUUCAACAGUACAUAGAUCUACCUACCAUAGAUGUUGAUAAUGAUAAUGUGCGAUGUCGAUUUUCAAGCGGUAUAAGUGAAUGCGGAAGUGUUUGUGCACCUUCAUCACUACCAAACAAUACUCAAAUACUUAAUAAUUGUACAUUGAUUAUUACCGGUGCAAAAGUCGGCAACUGCACCACAUCGGUCAGUCCAGAAACUACCGGGUAAGAUUGCUCGCAAAUACGAAUUAACUAAAAUUAGUUAAAUAAUAAUUAGUAAUGGACUGUCUCUCUAUUUUAGCACAACAGCAACUAUUACAACUUCAACCAGGUUCGUUCUCUAUAAAACCUUUAAAACAACUAUUUGUAUAGAUGACAAUCU